CAAACACUCACUUAUCCUUCACCUUGCUCGUCAUUUCUUUGCACCUCUGGUAGCGUAGCUUGGACGAACGAAACUUGGAAACAUUGGGGGCGUUCAGCACGAUAGCGCCUUGCUUCCGUGCUACGCUUUGUCACGACAUCCGUAAUCAUUGACCGAACUCUGCACAGGAUGAUGACCCCUUGGCGAUAUAUAUUAGCAGCAAUAUCAAUACUGCUAACUCUGCACCUCAUUCUCAGUCUCACUCAUGAGACGUACGGCAGCACGACGUCCCUCUCGCGCUUAAGACAAUGGGGAAACGUCCAACAAUCAGAACCAUACUACCUCACCCCUCCAGAUCGACAAUAUUACUACAAUGAGACGUCUAGCUCUCCACCGCCACCUCAAGGUCAGAGAAAGGCAAAGGCUGCAUUUGCUGUCCUUGCACGGAACUCGGACCUAUACCCUCUGCUAGACAGCAUGAAGCAAAUGGAGGAUCGCUUCAAUAAGAAGUUCCAGUACCCAUAUGUUUUCCUCAACGAGGAGCCUUUCAGCGACGAUUUCAAGAGAAUAACCGCUGGGAUAACAAAUGCACCAUGCUAUUACGGCCAGAUUCAGCCCGACCACUGGCACCAACCCCCCUGGAUCGAUGAGCAGAAGGCGACUGCAGCUCGCCUAAAGAUGAUUGAGAAUAAGGUCAUUUAUGGGUUCAGUGUACCAUAUCGGAACAUGUGCAGAUACAACUCAGGGUUUUUCUUCCGACACCCACUUCUCGUGCCAUUCGAUUAUUAUUGGCGUGUAGAGCCCGGAGUCAAGUUCUUCUGCGAUUUGGACUACGACCCAUUCCUAAUCAUGCAAGAUCAGAAGAAGGUCUAUGGUUUUACGAUCUCUCUAUAUGAAUAUCCAGAGACUAUUGAAACUCUUUGGGAUACGACGAAAGAAUUCAUGGAACUACACCCGGAGUAUAUGCCAAAGGACAACGCCUUGUCCUUCAUCUCAGACGAUAAUGGCGAACACUACAACCGUUGUCACUUUUGGAGUAACUUCGAGAUCGGCGAUCUCAACUUCUGGCGAGGAGAAGCGUACACGAAAUACUUCGAAUAUCUUGACAAGGCAGGUGGAUUCUACUAUGAGCGGUGGGGUGAUGCACCCGUACACUCUAUUGGUGCAGCUCUCUUCGCGCAUAAGGACCAGAUCCACUUCUUCAAUGAUAUUGGAUACAAGCACGAGCCGUUCAUGCAUUGCCCCACAGGUGAGGCACAUUCAAGAGGAAAAUGCGGGUGCGAUCCGGCGUCGAACUUUGAUUAUGAAUGGUACUCCUGUUUGAGCAAGUUCGACAAAAUGUUCUGAUGCACAUACUGUUUCAUGAUCGCAUUGCCUUUGAAAGGACAUUAUCUCAUAUAGCACGCAUUUUGCGCCCUGUGGGCUGGUAUGUAUAGUAGUCUAGAGACCCAAAAU